AAAAAACUUUCAUGCAGUACAAACACCACUCUUGCUGAAGUAAGCUCAACCCAAAUUAUACUCUCUCUUGCGAAGAUAGAGAGGCAGAUCAAAGAGUUUUUCUGCUAUAGGUUUUAUUGAACUGAAGAAAAAAGAUGAAGGUGGCCGCUAAGGAGGAGGAAUUGGGCCCACAUCCGGUGAAAGAUCAACUCCCCGGAGUCUUCUACUGUCUCAACAGCAGCCCUUCCUGGACGGAGUCUAUCAUCCUCGGGUUUCAGCACUAUCUGGUCAUGCUAGGGACUACUGUUAUCAUCCCCACGAUUAUUGUUCCCCAAAUGGGAGGCACUAAUAAAGAGAAAGCUGAAUUGGUACAAACUUUGCUCUUUGUUGCUGGGGUGAACACACUGCUGCAAACAUGGUUAGGAUCUCGCCUUCCUGUUGUGAUUGGUGGCUCGUACAGAUUCAUAAUUCCAGUCAUAUACGUGGCAUUAUCUGAUAGAUUCAAUUCAUAUUCUGAUCCUCGUGAGCGGUUUAAACAAACGAUGAGAGCGAUGCAAGGGGCUCUUAUUAUUGCAUCUAUUCUUCCCAUGUUAAUUGGAUUUCUGGGGCUAUGGAGAAUUAUUGUGAGGUUCUUGAGUCCUCUUUCUGCUGUUCCUUUGGUAACACUUGUCGGCUUUGGGCUGUAUGAACGUGGUUUCCCAUUGUUAGCAGAAUGUGUAGAGAUUGGGCUCCCAGAGAUUAUUUUCCUAAUAUUGCUUUCUCAGUAUGUUCCACAAUUGUCAAAGUGCAACCGGCCUGUAAUAGAUCGAUAUGCCGUGCUUAUAUCCGUGGGGAUAGUUUGGGCAUUUGCUGCACUGUUGACCGCAGUAGGGGCAUACAAACAUAGACCAGCUCAGACUCAGUUUAGUUGUCGUAUAGACCGCUCUGGGCUCAUUAGUGGUUCAACCUGGCUAAGAAUUCCACAUCCAUUGCAGUGGGGUACCCCAAUUGUUAAUGCUGGAGAAAUUAUUGUCAUGAUAGCAUCAGCUUUUGUUGCCCUAGUUGAGUCUACGGGGGCAUUUGUUGCAGCAGCAAGGUUUGGUAGUGCCACACAUCCACCACCUUCGGUUAUAAGCCGCGGUAUUGGCUGGUUGGGAAUGGGAAUUCUGUUUGAUGGUUUAUGGGGAACAGGCAUUGGAUCGACAGUGGCCGUUGAAAAUGUAGGUCUUCUUGCGUUGACACGAGUUGGGAGUAGAAGGGUGAUUCAGAUAUCAGCCAUUUUUAUGCUCUUCUUUUCUGUACUAGGAAAGUUUGGCGCUGUUGUUGCCUCCAUACCAUUACCGAUUGUUGGAGCCAUCUACUGUGUCUUGUUCCCUCUCAUGUCUUCUGGUGGGCUUGGUUUACUUCACUACUGCAACCUCAACAGCUUAAGGACAAAGUUCAUACUAGGAUUCUCAUUUUUCAUGGGACUUACGGUGCCACAAUACUUCAACAAUUAUGUCAUCACAACCCAUCAUGGUCCUGUACAAACUAGUUCCAUUUGGUUUAACAAAACGAUGCAAGUGGUCUUCACUUCCCCGGCAAUGGUGGCAGGUGUGGUGGCCAUGUUCUUGGAUGUGACACUGGGAAGAAAACAUUCCCAGAGCAAGAAAGACAAUGGAAGGUUGUGGUGGUCAAAGUUCAAGUACUUCAACAGAGAUCCUAGGAGUGCAGAGUUCUAUUCAUUGCCAUGCAAUCUUUCCAGAUACUUCCCUUCUGUGUAAAACCAUGAGGAGACCUUUCAUCUAUGUCUUCAUGCCGAUGGAUUGAUAUGCCAUCCAUGCCAUGAAGCUAGUACACAAAACAUUAUAUUGUAAUAUAAAGUAUAUAAACUAAUAUAGAAUUAUAAUUCUAUACCCUUCAAUGAAAUAUAAGAAAUUGACGUACAUAAUUGCAUUCUAAUGUAGAUAGUUAUGUUCAUAGAAGGUCUUUACAAAAGAAAUAAAC